AUGCUGUUGCCACCGCCGUCCGUGGUGUCACCAACACCAUCACCGAGCACGCUUCCGCCGCUCCCUCCGGCAGUCACUCCGUCUCCAGAGAUCGGUGUCCCCCUGCCCCGGCUCAUCCUCCAAUCGCGCAAUCCGCUGCUUCAGCAGCGCCAGUUUGAUGGGUUGUUUACGGUCUCAUUCGACACCUACACCUGUCCCUCCGAUAGCUGUUCCGAUUGUCUUAGGCUAAACUAUGCGUAUCAGUGCACCAGCUUCAUAACAAGCUGCUUGCCUGACAUGAUGACGAAGGCCGAUUAUUACGGUGCCUUCUCCUCCUGUCUUUGCAACUACGGCGACGGCUACCUCGACUGCUUCUACGACAGGGUUGCCACGGGUUCCUGUAUUAGUCUCUACAGCGUCGACUACUACAGGACACUGGAACUGUCAAUGUACAUGAGCCUUUGUGGGUCGGCGCCAAACGGACUGACUACCAAGGUCCCCACAAGAUCUUUCCAACCUACCGCAAACUCUGGCGGAACUCCUAAUCAGAAUUAUGGCGCUGGAAACAACGCAAACAUUGAAGACACUGACAAGAAUGAUAAGGGUGGUUUGUCAGCCGCAGCGAAGGUGGGUAUUGGCGUUGGGGUGGGUAUAGGAGCACUCCUCAUAGCCGGCCUGAUAUUCGCCGUUUGGUGGUACCGGCGCAAGGCAAAGGCGAGUAAGGCUGUAACCGCAGCGGAUACGACUUCGGGAAAACCGAACGGAAGUCAAGCGAUGCAGCAACAACCUGUUGUUGGAGAAACCAAGAACCCCGAGCUCGCUGGGUAUUAUGUCCCACAACAACCACCGUCAUCGACUCCUUCUCCCUACCCAUAUAAUGCCACCUCGACGCCGGUGUCCCAAACGUCAACUGCGCAACCUGUAUCUCCAGGAGCUACCGUCGCUCUGUAUAGCUCAGUUUCACCGCCGCCUCAGAGCGUUGUAGAGGCAGACAGCCGUGAAAUUGCAAGCCAGCCCCAGAACCAGCACCAGUAUCAGCCCUAUCAGCAGCCAUACAGUCCGCCUGCGCAUGCGCAGCUUAACACGCAAUACUACCAGCAGGCAGGGCAAUCUCCCCAACCACCACAACAAGCCCAGCAGCCAGUGUACCCCCAACAUCCGAACAUCCCUGAGCUAAGUGGUAACUAA